AGUACAACAAACCUCAUACAUCUGUUUGACAUCUCUCAGUGGAAAGCUCUAAACGAAGACGUUCAUUCAGAUAGGUUAGGCUUAAACUACAAAACAUGUCUUUAAUUCGUUGCUCAGCCUAUGUGUGCGCUUUCAUUGAUUCUUUAUGCAAUUUCGACCUUGACGUCGUCAGAAUUUAUGUGCCCUCCAGGACCUUUCGAAUCUAUUUUUCGACGUUAUGUGGAUGGGGUUUAAGUACCAUGUGACCCUUCCUGUCACAGCUGGUGUGGUGUUUGUGGCCAUUCCUUACAGCAUCUCCUUUGUUGUCCAGGCGUUGUAUGGCUGGCCCAAUAAGCCAGGGUACAAAAAGUAUUUAGAGGCUCUCAAACCUAGGCAUGUAUACUGUUUGACGAGAGCUGUGCUGGAAAUGCUAAAGUAUCUUCAGUAUGGCAAACUAUUUUUCAAAUGGAAGUCAUGGUUCAGGAAGGUCAAAAAUAACAAGCAGUGUGUUAAAGGCAUCUCUUUUGGUCACCGAGGCAACAAAAUGGACUUGUACCAUUCCCCAAGCCUUAGCCUGUGCGAUGCUGAGCUUGUCCCAGUAGUAGUGUUUGUGUACAGAGGGGGCUAGAGAUCAGGAGAGAGGUCAAUGUACUGUCUUCUAACUCUAUAAAUGGCUAAAGAGCUUAGUGUUUCUGUGAUUUGCCCUGAUUAUUCCAUAUAUCCAAAAGGGACGGUAUUACAUAUGAUUCAAGACAUAAGUGACAGCCUCGUAUGCGUGAGAGAAAAUGGCCAUUCAUUCAGUACUGACAAAGAUAACAUUGUGUUAAUAGGCCAUUCGGCGGGUGCUCAUCUGUGCACACUGACAGCUCUGUUUCUUGUGCAAGGAGAAGAGCUGUGUAUCAGGCAGUUUGAGCAAAAAGACAUUACAGACUCUAUCAAAGGAAUUGUUGGCUUGAGUGGCGUGUACAAUAUAAUGGAGCAUUAUCAGCAUGAAAAAAUGAAAGCUGUCAAAUAUGUCUCCGCUAUGCACAAAGCCGUAGAAGGCAUAAACAACUUUGAAUACUAUUCACCUACAGCUCUGCUCAGGAAACAGAAUGAGGACAUGCUGAAAAGGGUUCCUCCAGUAGGAAGACCGAUGACCGACGAUGUCAUCGUUCCCGUGGAGUUGUCAGUAAGAUUCUCCAAGCUCCUCACUCUGCUGUCAGUCAAGACGACCCUGUAUCUCCUGCCUGAAAUGAAUCACAUCCAGAUUGUUACAGAUUUCAUGGCACCAGACAGGCACUUUUAUCAUAUAGUAUUUGGCUGUAUCAAAAGGGAAUACAGCAAGUUUAUGAGAACAUACUGACUUUUGUUUUCUGUUUUGAGUAAUCAUUUUUACUUCUGGUGUGUCAAGUAAUUAAUAUAUUUUAGUGGUUUUCUCAUGCUGCGAAUUUAGUUUACCAGUCACCUUUCUGUUCAGACCUUACAUGUUUUAUAUAACUAUUGUCUACUACAAGCAUUAUGGCUAACAAGUGAGGCCAGAAACUUAAAAAAAUGUAUAACUUGCUAUAAUCUAAAUCAUUUAUAAUCUGUAAAGAUUUUUUUAAAAGUGGUUUUGGAACUAAAAGGGAUAUGUUCGUCUUGGAUUACACACGUCACCUCUGAGGGAACAUAACAUUUGUAUCUGUAAAUUUAGUUUUAAUUAAACUCAAUAUUAUAUUUGCCAUCUGGUUUUACUUAAAUCUAAAUAAAGCAUAUUUAGCAUUUUAAUAUAAUUUUAAGGUACAUUUCAAUUUUAAGGUAAAAUGCUAAAAAGUGGAAGUGGAUAUACGUUUUUUCAUUGCAAGGGCUCAAAUAGUCUACUACUAUUAUGUUUUAAAAACAAUCAUUCUAAUACACAAUAAAUUAUAAAUUAUUCUAAAUCAUAAGUAGUUUGCUAUUUUUUUGUUUAACCUUUUAUGCCCUACAUGUGGCCCUAUGUGUGAUUUGUAUCUUUCUUGUCCCUCUUAAAUGAUUUAAAAAAAAAUCCUGACUUCUAACUUUAGCAUGUUAAAAUAAUUUUAUUUUACAGGCUUUAUGGCAAGGUGUUAAGUUAACGCUAUGCAGGUAUUUUACCAU